AUGACGUGGAAUUACGCCUUACACCAAAUCAAUCGCUCUUUCGAGCAGCUCGCACAGUGGUAUCAUGAGUUCAUCCUCCGAUCUGAAGCUUCCUUUCAAGCGCUCCACAACCGAGUAGACUGUUUGGAGAAACGCCAGACUCAACUCGACGACGAGCAAAUCGAGCGGGUACUCCGAAAGAUACUCGCAGAGAGAUUUGCGGAUCCAUCAAUCCAACGAACGUCAGGUUCAUCCGAGCCCAAGGAAAAGGCUAUAAAAGAUGGGCCCAUGCCCAAAUACGUCAGUAUCGACCCAACAAAGUUAUUAAUUGAGCCGGAUGCUGUCCCAUCGAAGGCAUAUGGACGCACCUUUGCAAUGCUGGAGGACAAAUUGCGCGACUUCCCCCACAUGGAUCAAACGGGAGGGAAGGAUGCCAGCUAAAUGACCUAAACCAAUAUCGAAUAUCCAGAGUUCAUGAUCCAAACUAUUCGAUAAAUCAUACACGGAACAAGAAACGUGGGAAUGAGGCGAGCUCUGCGGUUCAGUCUUAUAGCGCAGCUUUUGCAUUUGCAGUUCAUCUUGAUAUGGGACUU